GUUGUCGUUCGGCACUCGUUGCUAAGCGUCGUUGCUAAGGAACUCUGUUUGUGUUUGUUUCUGUUUGUGUUUCUUUCUGUUUUGAAUUUGAUCCAAGUUUGUAGCUCAACGUGUAGCUUAACUUUUAGCUCACUCCGUUGGUUGCCGUUUGCAAGUUUGUUUUUUUAUCGUGGUCUCUACUCGUAAAAAAAGGUUCCAUGUUUUUACAAAAGCUUCUCUGUUUUUGUUACGAGUGUCAACAGUGACAAAAAGUUCAUGGGGUACCAUUUUGGUUUUCACAGUUCAGUAACGAGAGAAAAAAUGAGAGACAAAGACACUGAAGCGUUUCCUGAUCAACAAAGGACUUGAGCGGGAUCAGUGGUUCACGCCCGACAAACUGAUGGAGAUGGUGCCUAACGUUGGCUCGAUUAUCGACUUAACUGCGACCGAUAAAUAUUAUAAUCCAGCGCUUUUCACGACGCGUGGAAUACGGCACACCAAAAUCGGGUGCGGUGGCCGCGGAACCAUUCCCUUCGAAGCUAUCGUUCAUAGAUUCUUUGAUGUAGUCGAUGCUUUCCUUCUCAGCGCCCACUCUCAAGGCAAAGUUUUGAUGGUGCACUGCACGCACGUUAAAUUGAACAAACAACACACGAAGAAAUUAAACAUGAAUUUUAACAAAUUGGUUAAGUUGUUCCAAGUUAUUAAGUUAAAAGUUUAAAUUUUUUAAGGCGACUGUUUAUUCAAAAUCUUCCUCAUCGCUCAUACAUUCAAUUGGAAUACGUUGAAUGUUCAUGAUUGCAUCAUGUUUCUCCAAUUCAUGUUUAAGAAUCUCGUCGACAAUAGAAUCUCCCACACUUGAACCUAUUAGAACAAUAUAGAAUGCAAUGAUAACUCACAUUGUUUAUGACAGACUUUUGUUUUUUUAAUGGAUGCAUACAAACCAUUGUUGAAUGUAGCGUAUUCCUGUUUAGCUUACUCUAUAAACAUUUUUUUUGUUUUCCAGAAGGGAGGGCCAGGUGCUGUAGGCAUUUGAAAUGAAUUUUUGGUAAUUCCCGGUCCAUGAGCGAUUGCCUUGUAAAUAGGUACGGCGAUGCAAGGAACUACGGUACCUAUUUAUGUUUACAGAAGUAAUAAAAAGUUUCUUCGUUUUGGGUUGGAAUAAUAAGUGAAUUGUACAAAAACCAGAAAAUUGGAUUCAUGGCGGAAUGAUCCUUCAUUUCAUUUGUUUUGGUUGGGAAACAAUGUACGAUGUUAUCGGCUCCCUAGUCGGGAACACCGGGACGUAGCUUUUUAAUUUCUUCAUCAAUUUCUUGCUUUCUCAACUUCUGAAUUUCAUCUUUCACUUUGGCUCUGAAUUCGUAUUAAUUCAUUAUUUCUGCUGAAAUGCCCUGCAAUAUUGAAAUUGUUCUCAUAAUUUAAGGAAAGUUCAUGAAUCAAGAAAAUAAUGAAUACAAUGAAUACUUUACAUACAUUUAUAUUUAUACAAUUAUAUACUUACAUCUUUUCUAUCUCCCUGAUGUUAUAUUCUUUGAAGUUUUCACCUGGGUUUUCUUUCACGAAGUCAGUAGUGAUGCAGUGAACAUAAAUUCCAAAGGGUGUUAUUUUGGUUAAUUGCAUACGGUAUCUUAGUAGUUCACUUACACUUGCCAUUUCAUGAACCUUCUUGAUAGCCAUCAAGAAUCAGACUGACGAGUCUAGACAGGGCGACUCAUCAAAGCGAGACAUACAACAAAAUAAUGGUGAAUCGCGAUAGCUGGGGGGU